AGGUGAUGCAUUAGUCCCCGGGGAGCGUGUUUUGGGAAAGGAAGGAAGGCAGGAAGGGAAGGAGGGAGCGGGCGGGCGGAUGGCGAACCUGUCGCAGUGCCUGGAGGAUGCGCCUUUCCGGGGCUUCCGCUCCUGGGACCCGCGCCCCCCGCAGCCUUACAGCGAGGCGCAGCGCCUGGCGCUGGAGGAGCUGAUCGCGGGCGGGCGGGCGGCUUUCCAGGCUUUCCUGCGGAGGGAGAAGGUGCGCGCCUUCCUCUCCGAGGCCGAGGUCCAGGCCGUGCUGCGCGCCGCCCUCCCGCCGCCCCCCGGGGAGGACAGCCUGGGCGCGGAGGCGGCCCUCAACGCCUCCCUCGACUGCUCCUCGCUCACCUACUUCCCGCUCCAGUCCGACGUGGAGCCGCCCGUGCUCGAGCUGGGCUGGCCGGCCUUCGUCAGCGGCUCUUUCCGGGGACUCACCCGCGUGGAGAGCUACUUCCAGCCCAGCUUCGGGGAGACCAUCUACCCCUGCAAGGAGGCCGUGCGCAAGCAAAUCCGCUCGGCCAAAGAGGUGAUUGCUAUAGUCAUGGACACCUUCACGGACCUGGACAUCUUUGGCGAUCUCCAAGAAGCAUGUAGAAAAAGGCAGGUUCCAGUAUACAUUCUUCUGGAUCAAGCAUUCAUUCCUUACUUCUUGGCAAUGUGCAAAACCCUAGAAUUCCAUCCUGAACUGGAACAUCUGAUGAGAGUCCGAACGAUCACAGGAAACACUUACUAUGCAAGAUCAGGAGCCAAGAUAAUAGGGAGUGUCCAUGAGAAGUUCAUGUUGAUUGAUGGUGUAAGAGUGACUACAGGCUCCUACAGUUUCACAUGGACUGAUGGGAAGUUAAACAGCAGUAACCUGUUGCUACUUUCAGGUCAAGUAGUUGAACAUUUUGACUUGGAGUUCCGGAUCCUUUAUGCACAAUCAAAGCCCAUUGACUCAAAGCUACCAUUCAGCUGCAGGAGCAAUGGUUCCCCUGAGCAUCUAGCUAACAAAACAACACAUUGCAAAGACUUUACCGUGGGUAAUCUUCUGAGAGCUGAGUUUGCCAGACUCUCAAGUAGCCCACAAAAGCUCGAGCAAGAAUUGAAGCUAGCUAAGGAACGCCAAGGAGGAAGAUUCAUUGGUAAACGCCCACACCUUAAUGGGGAUGAAGAUUUGGACAAUACUACUGAAGCCUUAGCAAAACCUAAAGAGACGGUCAGUCAUUCAACUCAGACCGAACCAUUGGAAGAGAAGCCCAUGGCAUCACUCUCCAACUGUGCCACUCAAACCACUUAUUCAGUGGCAACUGCUACCACACAGACAACAACUCGUUCUAGAAUAGUGGGCACACAGACAGUUGUUCAGUUCAAAACUGCCACUACACAGACAAAUCAGAGGCAGGCUGUGGACCUGUCUGUGAAUCAUACUGUACCUGAUCAGAGGGUGCCUUCUAAAGAAGGAUCUCCAGUUUCUAGAAAGUCUACCUCUACUUCUUCUAGUGGGUGGUCAAUUUCUUCCCAGUCUUCUCAGUGCUCUAGGGCAAGUUCUACUGGUUCAUUGACAUCCCUGAGAUCCAUGGACUACACUGUCAACCACCAGGGAGACUACUUCCGCAAAAAAAAUGAGAGGGAAUUCCACUAUUCUGUCAUCCGGUCUAAACUUAAUCAUAUGGUUUCCAUACUCUCCAGGAGAGGAAACAUUGCUGGCAGCUACAUAGGCUACCGUCCAAUGACAUGCAACUUAAAAGAUAGGCAGGGUAUCAGCACGAGCCUAAUAAACCUCCGGGAUUUUGCACUGUAUACAUCGAAUGAUUGUUUCUGAGGAAUGGAAGCUCUGGUGCACGUACAAUAGGGUUGCCAGAAUAAAAACUGGAGAGGGCUAUUGUAACUUUAAGUAGUUGUGUAGAAGAGGGAAUUUUAGAGAGUGUCACUUGUCUCACAAUCUGCAAGCCAACUCUAGGUGAAAUUUCCUUUUUGACACAAUUGUUACAGGUGAAACUAUUCAUAUAUGCCAUGUGUAUUUUGUUUCUUCAAAAAAUUGCUUAUUUACAUCAAUCCACAAUUUUUCUAUGCUACUACCAAGCACUGGGUGGAAACCUUGAGUCCACAGACUCAGAAGUUUCUAUAUCCAGCUUACAAGAUCUCUCAGGGCUGCUACACCUUGACAUCUUCCCUGAAAUGCCCCAGCUUUAUUGUCGGGAAGACAACAGCUGUAGCACUCUUGUAUUUGAUCAGUGUUUUAACACUGGGAUUACUCCUCACUGGGCUCAUCUAUUUGGAAAGCAAGUUAAGUGAGGAGGAAAGUUCUCAGGGUUUACUGUAGUACAUAAAAAAUAAUAAUUUUGCAAGCUUGUGGUACGAUGACAGCCAUGAUAUGCAGAUACCUGUAUAAUUUUUCUCAGUUGCAUGUGUUUUUGUGUGUGCAUAAUCUGAAUUUUUGGCAGCUACUGGUGUGUUGUUGGAUUUUGUUUUUGUUUUGUUUUGUUUUUUUGCUUUUUAAAAAAUGUAUAAUCGUUAAUUUGUUCUGGUGCUUUUUUGUUUUUGUUUAAAUGGUACAGCAUCUUUGGUCAAUCCACAAAGACACUGAAUUUUUUAACCCCCAAGUGCCUAUCUUUAUAUAUGUGUAUGUAUCCAUAGGAAUACAUUUUAACUACUGAUAUGGGUUAAUAAGUAGCCGUGAAUGAAACACUGUCCAGUGUCCCUGUGGCUUUUUUAACAGCAAAAAUGUAUCUUAAUAUUCAAAAAUGGUGCACUUUCCCAUCUGAAUAGAGCUUUUUUUACCGUUUGCCACAGUUGUGUAUGUUGAUGACUAUAACUUUGAAAAUAAAAUAUUGCGGAAAGGUGUU